AUCUUUAUAGGCGUAUAGGCUCCCUCCUUUGGAAGACCACAGUGUCGACACAACAUUGGUUCCUAUAUCAAUGCCUAAUAAUCAGCUGACUUACACGAACUUACGGGACAUGUUUGGGAUUGCUAUAAUCUUUCAAAUCGUGCUCUGCUGUUGCGCAAAGGAAAGAACAAGAAAUCAUCGCUUAUCCAACCAUAUUGGAAGAGAGGAUAGAUGGGGCAUCCUUGGUUGUUAGGAUUACGAAAGACAUUACGCUCAAUCUUGAAAGGAGCUCUGUGCUGGCUGAUGACCUACUCUUUGUUACGAGCGGUAAGGAAGAAGACCACGUGGAAAGAGUAGACACGUCUUUCAUUCAGAAGGAUCUCUACCACGACACACACCGACAGUCUUCCGUUUUGUUACGCAGUAUUGGAGGAGGGGUGCAAGUCGAAGGUGUUCUUGGCCACGAGCUGAGAAUCAAGCCCUUAUUACACGAAGCCCGUUCUAUCGAAGGCCAUAUCCCACACAAGAUAUACAAAGUGGAGGAGAAGGCUGAUUUUGAAACAAUGGGCAUGGCCUAUGCACCAAGAGGAAACGGUGGACGAGGAGGGAACAGGCAGGGACACAAUUCCAGGAAACAGUAUACAGGAAACUCCCACGGGAAGCCAGACUCCUUUGUUGUGGAAGUUCAUAUGAUUUCCGACAUGAAACAUCAACGUGACUUUAGAAGAAAUGAAGACAUAAUUGCUUACAUGGCUGUCAUGACUAACGCUGUCAACUUGAGAUACGUCGACAUGGCAAGACCGAAGAUCAGCUUUAUUCUCGUCGGAAUAACGAGGAGCAUCGAUGAUGCGUUUGCCGCAAUGGAAGAAGGUCUCCUAAAUGCGCGUGAGACGUUGCGCGGUAUCGAAAAAUAUAUGGACAAUGGAAGAAUUCCAGGAAACCCCGACAUCGUGUUUCUCGUAAGCGGGCUGGACAUGUUCAACCGACCUGAUGGGAAAAUGAACAAGGCUUUGGGCGGCCUUGCGUACGUUGGAACUGUUUGCAAGAAGCGAAAAAUUGGCGAGGCUGAAGACACAGCCACUACCUACUCCGGAAUCAAUGCGGUUGCCCACGAGCUGUGCCACGUGCUGGGAGCACCACACGAUGGAACGCCAGAGUGUCCUUGGGAAGCAGGAUACCUGAUGAGUUACGUCGACGGAGGAUUGAAGAAGUUUCGCCUCUCUCCUUGCAGUGAAAGGUCGAUCCGAAAUAUCUAUCAAAAACUCUGGCUGGAUUGCAUAAAGGUGCAGACGAAGACGAAUUACAUGAGUAAACACAGGAAAUACCCAGGCCAGAUUGUGGGAGCGUUGUAUUACUGCGAGAAAACGUUGAAGAAGCCUGGAAUCAAAUACUACAUCAAACUGAAUCCCGCUCUGAGCAGCAGUUGCAAGAUGGAGUGCUGCUAUCCUGGAUUUUUCACAAAUUAUUGCACGAAAGUGGAUAUUCUGCCAGGGAUGUCGUGCGGUAAAGAAAAGACAUGCAGAAGAGGUGUGUGCGCAAGGCACAAGUUUAUGUAAACAACAAAAAAGUGCACUGUGAUUCAUUUGAACCAUUUGAAGGAAACGUCACAGACCUUUCUUAUUAAGAGAAUAAAUCACUACAAUUGCACUCCA